CCACCACCACCACCUCGCCUUCAUCCACACAAGUUUCAAUUCACCAAUCGUCGCACACACAUCUCGCUCGAUCUCGAACCGCACGCACUCUACUGCGGGUGAACUGUCCUGUCACGAACUGAGCAACAAAUCACUCUACUCAUCUCACGAACUGGCGCCUGCCUACUUCAACGUCGCAACCUUCAAGAUGCUCGAGAGCCAACGUCAGGCGCUUCGUGCUGCGAAGGACUCCCUCCAGGACUGCCCGUCGGUCAGAUCCAUAAUCACCAACCGCAAGAUGUGGGCUGCGUUGGCCAUCUGCCUCGUCCUUGUCGGGGUCGGGGUGCUCAUCGCCUACCUCGUGAAACCACAGGGACUUUCGGAGAAGCUGGACUGAGAGCUGGGCUGGAAACUCGACCACGGUGACCACCUCUUAUAUUGCGUCGGUCCUGGGUGGAAUCUGGAGUUUGUCUGGCGGUGCUAUGGAGGGCUUCAUAUGUGUGACCGGAAUACAUAGUUGGUUCGCUUCUCAAUGAUUAGCGGACAAUAAACAACAAUGGAAAACUGAG